UCCGAGUUAUUAAAGGUUCAACUGCUUGCAAGGGGAAAACCAAAAAUGGCUUCUCAAUUCACAAAAUCAACAAUGUCGAAAGGCAAAGAUGAAGUAUAUGUAGCUGCAAUGCCAUUAAGGGCUGCAAAGGGACCAGCCCAAUUGGUUAUGUCUGCUGCUUACUCUCUCAAUCUAUGGGACUUGCAGCAUUUCAUGGUUAUCGUCAAACCCUCUUCACGACCUCAGGCCGUUGUUUUUGAUUUUCAGCCAAAAGAUCCGGAAAAUAUAUAUACGGCACUUGCAGUUCUAUCCGGCCAACCAAUGCCUGGAGUUGUUUUGGUGAGGAAGCUGAAAAAUAUGCCAAGAACGAAAUGUUGGUUCAUUGGAUCUGCAUACUGCAAUGCUCUUGAUGCAGCAAAUGCAUUCAAUGGUGGCUGGGAGACUGAUUUGAGGGUUGGCCAUCAUGAUUGUCGUGAUUAUGCAAACGGACUGGUUGAGCACCUAAUUGGCAAAAAGAAUGUGCUGGAGCAUCUAAGACGCAAUAGUAGUCAGAGAUGAAUCAUCAACUUACAAGUUUGUAGGCUAGGCAAUUGCUUCAUACCAGUUGUUUGUGGAUCAGAUUCAAGCUUAGUCCUUCUCUUCUUGCCCGGUAUCGCACUAUCAGAGUCCAUUGAAGGGUACCCAGAACAAUCAAAGAAGUGGGUGGUUAGGAGAUUUCUUGCAGAAGCUCUUGCAGAUAACAAUGGUGGACUUUGAUAAGAUUACAGUAUUACACUGUUUUUAAUGACAAAAAAGGGACGGAAA